AUGUCGAUGUUGAUGUUGAUUGAUGAUGCUGGUGUUGAUGUUGACGCUGAUGCUGAUGCUGAUGCCGCUGCUGAUGCCGCUGCUGCCAGCUGCUGUCAGCUGCUUGCAUUGACCGCUGCCGCACACCAGGCAAGGCAGCAGGUUCUUCCGCCAACCUGGAUUUUGUCCGAAGUGGAACCGGCAGUGACAACACACGCCCCAUCCAUUUGGCCCAUCGUUCCAUCGUCUCGUCGUCCACGACGACUCCAGUCAUUGAACUCAGCCCAGCAUGCGCCGGCGACAUUCAUGGUCAGCUCACCUCAGCUCCCUCACCGAGCCACUUCAUCACGUUGCCAGCCCUCCAUGUGUGGACAACCGUGA